CUAGAGGAUCUCAGGAUGCUGCUGGUUCUGUCUGAGGAGCAUAAAGACCACCUGGGCUUCCUCACCCAGGUCGAUGGUUCGGUGGUGGAGGAGUUCUGCCGCAUCGCUCUGGAGUUCCUGAGGAAAGGAAGCAACCCAAAGAUCUAUGAAGGAGCAGCCAGGGGGGGCUGGUUUCUAAUAGAGCUGUGGGGCCCCUGGUCACUGUGGGGCCCCUGGUCACUGAUAGAGCUGUGGGGGCCCCAAACGAUCUCUGAGGUGGAUUUUAUGGACUCGGUCUUAUCGCUUGGAUUCACUGACCAGCUCAACCAGAGCCUGUUGCAGCUCUACGUGCAGCACAAAGACCAGAUCCGCAGCAUGCUAAGCCAUCUGCGCUGCAGUCAGCCAGCCUACCACAACCUAGAGUGGAGGCUGGACGUUCAGUUGGCGAGUCGCUCGCUCCGUCAGCAGAUGGUUGCCAUGGUCACCAUGCGCCUCCUUUUGUCGGGUUCUGAUGGGGGCGGGACCCUCCGCUGCCUGGACCUGCAGACGGACCCCAGCACGCUGCUGCACCUCAUCUCCAGUCUGGAGGCGGCCCUGGCGGCCAUGAAAACGGGCCACGCCCGGCGGAUUCUACGCAACAUCAAAUGACUGGACUCACUGGGAGGACUGGUUCUGAUGCGGGGCGGCGGCGGUCCAGAGCGGCGGAUCUCACUGCUGCUCUGAUU